AUGGCAUCACAAAUCCACGGGGCCGUAUCUCAAGGCAAGGCCCAAGGUCAACAGGUCACAACGCCUGACGGUAGAGAAGAUGCAUCCGUCCAUACCAGAGAAGCGGACGAGUCAUCCUCGUUGGGAGACCAUGUUCAUGAUAAACGUGCGCAAGAGGCCCUUCCAACGAAGAAACAGAAACUCAAACAGCACUUUGCAAAAUACAAGUGGUGGUAUCUGGCCCUCACCAUAAUCAUCCUUGCUAUCUUGUUACCCCUUUUCUUCCUGGUUAUUCUUCCCGCUAUUGUUCAGCGCAUUGUCGACAACCAAGGAUUACCUGUAAACGGAGGGUCUUUUCUUACCCUGUCGCCAACGCAAAUGAUGGUAUCUCUUUCAACGUCUUUGAACACACCACUGCCGGCCGAUAUCGAUGCUACAACACUUUAUCUCUACAACCACGGCACGGCCAGUUUCUCUCCUUUCGGGAGCUUGAUCUUGCCGGCAUCCCAUGUGAAUCACGACACAGAGAUUUUGAUAGUGAAUCAGACUGUUACGGUCACCAACCAAACCGAACUGGAGUACUGGUUGAAUCAUGUCUUUGAUGACCCCACGGUCGAGCUUUCUGUCCGCGGUGAUGCAACAGUCCAUCUUGGGGCGUUGCACUCAAAUGCGCACAUUGACAAGACCGUGACAGUCGCUUCUCUAGAUAAACUCCGAGGGUUUGAAAUAAAGAGCCUGUCGCUUGUAUAUCCUCCCGAAGAGGACGGCACCAACCUCAAGGGCACAGUCAACCUCCCUAAUUGGGGUGCACUCACCCUAGGUCUCGGUAACCUCUCAUUUAACCUCAUGUCCGGGCAGGUCAGAAUCGGUCUCAUUACUAUUUUUGAUGUUGUGCUUCCACCAGGAAACAACACGCUCAACUUUUCGGGGCAGCUUUUCCUCCAUGAUCUUGUCCAGAAUUUUGGCAAGGUCCUUGACGCGCAGGCCGAAGCGCUGAAUAACGGCCAGAUUCAGCUCGAUGCAACAGGCAACACUACGAUUGUCAACGGCGAGCGCAUUCCUUAUAUUGAGAGUGUUCUCAAUAACAAACGUCUUACAUCGUACCUGUCGGUCAUCAAGUUUGUGAGUGACUUGAUCAACAGUGUUACUGGAGGUGGUGAUUCUUCAAUCGUUGAAAUUUUGGAAGAAGUUGUGGGGAAUAAGACACUCAUAGAGCAGGCGUUAUCUCACUUCAACAAAACCGGGAUAGCAACUUCGACGAAAAUCAAGAGAAAGACGCCCGUGCUCUUCAACGGGCGAAAGGCCGUUGACCUGCUAAAGAUUGGACUUAAAAUGGCAAGAAGGGUCUAG